GCAUGCGCAUUAACGUCAUAAACCGAAGAAGUGCAUUUGUUGACGCCAUUUUCCGAAAAAUAAAUCUUAAUUGACUCUAAAUGGCUAAAUCGAUUGAAAUUAAAUAAAACACAAUGGAAGAAACAGACGUCUCCAUGGAAUACGACGGCGCCGACGUCGACGGCGUCGCCCAAGAGGAAUACGAAGAGGACGGAGGCUUCGAAAACGACAUUGAACUCGGAGAUGACUUCCAAAUGCGAGGCCGAGGACCUUCAGGGUUCAGGGGCCGCGGACGCGCGUGGCCGGGUCCUCCAGGUCCGCCAGGACCGCGUGGAGAAGGUCCCCGGUUUCGAGGAAGGGGAUUUGGGCCCGGUGGCCCUCCUCCGUUUCGUGGACGUGGAGGACCACCUCCUCCGAUGUUUGGACGUGGGGGACCUCCCAGAAACCCACCACCAGGGCAGGGAUUCAAUGGACCUCCGAAUUUUAAUGGGCCUAACUGGGGAGGACCGAUGGGGCCCCCGGGGACGAUGGGUGGACCGCCCAAUAUGAUGGGACCCAAUGGACCGCCGUUCGGACCACCGGGCAUGAUGGGGGCGCCCCCGGGUGGACCCAUGGGCGCUCAGGGCGGGACGACCAAUGGGCAGUUUCCACCAGUAGGGCAAAAUCCCACAACAGGGUUAGAUGCAAAUAGUGAAAUUUGGGUAGAGACUAAAACCUCAGAAGGCAAGUCAUAUUUUUAUAAUGCUCGUACUAGAGAAACCACUUGGACUAAGCCAGAAGGUCCUAAUGUAAAAGUAAUCUCUCAGGAUCAAGUGGAAGCAAUGGCACAAGCGGCCACCACAGGUUUAGCCCAAGGAACGUCAACUGCAGCUCAGGCGGCGUUAGCGCAGGCUAACGUUUCAAAUAAACCUGAAGUUGAGUCAGAGGAAUCGAAAGGCGAUGCCAAACAAGCUGGGAACGCAAUGCCUCAAAACAUGUUAGCGGGUCCUCCGCCAGGUAUGCCCCCAUUUGGGGGUCCCCCAGGUCAGUUUGGAGCGCCUCCAUUCGGCUUACCACCGCCAGGAUUCCAAGGGACAUGGCCGGCUCCAGGUCAAGCAGCAUGGGCAGGGGGGCCACCAGGGGCUGCUCCGUGGGGUAUGCCGCCAGGUCUUCUUACAGGUUUACCAGGAGCUAUCCCAGCGAUUGACGAAGCAGCGGUUUUGGCUAAAGUCGAUCCGGAAAUCAUCGCCAAAGCGUCCGAAUGGAGCGAACACAAAGCACCCGACGGACGCUUCUAUUAUUACAACGCCAAGAAAGGGGAAUCGGUUUGGGAAAAACCGCAAGCUCUCAAGGAUUUGGAAACUGCGAAACUGGCUGCAGCUCAAGGGAUUUCAACAAGACCGGGAACCGAAGUUAUAGCUGCUGUUGAGACAGGUAAGCCAAACGCUGCAGUUGUCCAAGUGGCCAAUGGGGACGCAGUGAAAGACAUUGUCAUAAAGGAGGAAGAUGACAAGAUCAAAAAGCCCCAAGACGAAACGAAAAAGAAGAAGGAAGAAGAAGAAAAAAAGGAAACUAAAAGUCAAGAUAAAUCGCGCCCAGUGUCAAGUACCCCCGUCCCAGGAACCCCAUGGUGUGUUGUGUGGACCGGCGAUGGAAGAGUUUUCUUCUACAACCCAUCGUCAAGGACAUCCGUUUGGGAGCGUCCUGAUGAGCUAAUAAAACGAACAGAUGUGGAUAAAAUGGUAGCGACACCUCCCGAUUCCGUCGGAUCUCAAACCAAACCAGACGCUGAAAGUCCGUCGAAAAAACGCGUAUCCGACGACAGCGACAGUGAGGAAGAAACCCCAGCUAAAAAACCGAAAAAAGAAGAAAUAACCAGUACGAACGGUACCACUCCACAAUCAGCUCGUAAAAUCGAUAUUGGCAAAGAAGCAGCCAUUGAAGCGGAAGUACGUGCGGCCAAAGAACGUGCUAUUGUCCCACUGGAAACUCGAAUUAAAUCAUUUAAAGAAAUGCUGGCCGAGAAAAACGUUUCCGCGUUUAGUACUUGGGAAAAAGAACUACAUAAAAUUGUUUUCGAUACACGGUAUCUCCUUCUAACGUCCAAGGAACGCAAACAAGUGUUUGAAAAGUACGUUAAAGAACGAGCCGAGGAAGAGCGAAGAGAGAAACGGAAUAAGUUGAGAGAGAAGAAGGACGCGUUUAGGAAACUGUUGAGUGAGUCGCAUCUACACGGCAAAUCGUCGUUUAGUGACUUCGCACAGAAGUUCGCAAAGGACGAACGAUUUAAAGGGGUUGAGAAAAUGCGCGAACGGGAAAGUCUCUUCAAUGAAUAUUUAAUCGAAGUAAGAAAGCGCGAAAAAGAAGAAAAGAAUCAGCGACGAGAACAGGUAAAGAAAGAUUUCUUUGCAAUGCUACGCGAACACUCUGAUAUCGACCGUCAUUCCCACUGGGCCGAUGUGAAACGAAAAGUUGAUUCGGACGCUCGAUACAAAGCCGUUGAUUCGUCCGGACAACGUGAAGAUUGGUUCAGAGAAUAUUGCAAGAUACUUAAAGAAGAGAAAAAGAAAGCGAAAGAGAAAGAUCGCGAACACAAACGUGAUAAAGAAAAGCAUAAGAAGAAGGAUAAAGAUAAGGAUAAGGAACGUCAUUCGAAAGACGAAAAAGAGAAAGAUAAAGACAAGGAGAAAGAUAAAUCGAAGAAAGAAGAAGACGGAGAUGUGUCGAAUAAAGAAGUUGAAGAAACGGAACCGGAAGAAACCGACGACGAAAAAGCACAAGAACAAAGAGAUAAAGAUAGGCAAGCCAGGGCGGAGGCGAGUCUGAGAGAGAGGGAGAAGGAGGUACAAAGGACUCUAGCGACGCAUAUGAGGGACCGAGAUAAGGAGAGGGAGCAACACAAACGGGACGAGGCUAUACAACAUUUUAAUGCGUUAUUGGCCGAUUUGGUGCGCAAUCCCGAGCUGAGCUGGCGCGAGGUUAAGCGCAUUUUGCGAAAAGACCACCGUUGGGACUUGGCUGAUUCGCUGUCGCGUGAAGAUAAGGAAAAAUUAUUCAAUGAACACAUUGAACAUUUGUUGAGGAAGAAGAGAGAGAAGUUCCGCGAGUUAUUGGAUGAAACCCCCGAUGUUACUUUAACCAGUAGUUGGAAAGAAAUUAAAAAAAUUAUAAAAGAGGAUCCCCGAUAUACGAAAUUUGCGUCAAGCGAACGGUGUGAACGUGAAUUUAAGGAUUAUCUCAAAGAUAAACUAAUAACCGCCAAAGGACAAUUCAAGGAAUUGUUACAGGAAACUAAACUUAUUACACAUAAAUCGUUAUCUAAUCUCAGAGAGAAUCAAGGAUUUAUGCAAGAAAUUGAGGAUAUUUUAAAGAAUGAUAAGAGAUAUCUUGUCUUGGAUCAUAUUCCGCAAGAGAGGACUCAGUUGAUUCUGAAUUAUUUGGAAGAACUCGAUAGAAGGGGACCACCUCCGCCACCUACGGCUAGUGAACCUAAUAGGAGAUCUAUUAAAUAGGGAAUUACUUUUUAUCGUAUUUAUUAUAUUGUCUGGAUGCUGAAGUUGUGCAUUUUAUUGUCUUAGUGGCUCCAGUUGUAGCUAUUUGAACUGAAUGUGUUACACGAUUAAUUAAAUUUGAUUUUAUACUGUAAUAGAAUAAAAACUCCGUAUUUA